AUGCAAAGCACUGUACAGUUGGAUAUAGAUACCGAAGCAGGUGAAGAUAUUCACCACAGUAUUGGAGUUCCUGUUGAGGGAGAAACUGUUGAACAUGAUUCUUCAUUAGCAAAAGAAGAUAUUCCAGAAGUAGUUGGCCUUAAGGAGGGCAUGUCUGACACAGUUGAUGAUAAAAUGUGGUUUAUCAAACCAAAAUCUGAAAAUUUGGAUUCUUUCCUAUUGUUUCAUCCAUGUCAACCAGUUAUCCUUUCUUUAAAUUCAACAAAGUUAUAUCAGAGGAGGGAUGGAAAGAAGCGUCACUGGUUGACUUAUUCACAUGGACAUGGUGCCUUUUUCUGCAUGGUGUGUCUAGCUUUCAGCAAAAAGACAGACGACAGUGCUUUUAUUGAUGGUUGCUUUGAUGAAAAGCACAUGUACCAAAGAAUUGAAGAGCACGAAAGAAGCAACCUCCACAAUAAUAGCUCUGAAUCCCUUUUGAUGAGGUCAAAGAAUAUGGACAUAUCUAGUCAUUUCUUUGAGAAACAAACAACAGCCAGAAAAGAGGAAGUGAAGAGAAAACGUGCCAUUCUAGAGAGGAUAAUUGAAACCAUAAAGCUGAUUGGAAAAAGAGGCCUAAGCUAUCGGGCAACAGCUGAAGCAGCAUAUACGUUAGAUAAUGAAAAGUUGGACCAUGGAAACUUCCUAGAGAUUUUGCUACUCUUAAGCAAGUUUGAUCCCUUGCUGAAAAAUCACCUUGAUACAGUUAUUAAAAAAAGUAAAAAGCAGCAUCAAAGUGCAACAAGUAGCAAAGGACGUGGUGGCUUUGUUACAUUAAUUUCAAAAACUACAGUCAACAAUAUCAUCUGUGUAAUUUCAGCACUUUUGAAAAAAGGUAUUGCCCAAGAGAUCAGAGAUGCCGGCAUGUUCUCAAUACAGCUCGAUACAACACAGGAUAUAAACGUCUCAGACCAGUGUUCAAUAAUAAUUCGGUAUGUCACAGAUGUGGUCCAUGAACGUCUGGUUGCUGUGGUAAAUUGCAUAUCCACGACAGGGAAGGCUUUGUGUGAACUUGUUUGCAAUGUAUUGGAAUCCAUGGAAAUUGAGGUUACGAACUGUGUUGGGAACUCAACUGAUGGAGCUUCGAAUAUGCAGGGUCAGUACAACGGAUUCAGCACAUGGCUGAGUAGUAAAGCACCUGGCCAGAUUCAUGUGUGGUGCUAUGCACAUGUACUAAAUUUGGUGAUGAUGGAUGUCACAAAGAUAUCUGUUCAGGCAAUAUUGUUGUUCGGCUUGUUAAACUCCUGUGCUGUAUUUAUCCGCGAAUCCUACCUUCGGAUGAAUGUAUGGCGUGAAAAGUCUCAGGAAGAAAGAUUUAGAUCUCUUUCUGUGAUUGGAGAAACAAGAUGGUGGUCUAGAGAUGCAGCACUUACAAAGGUGUUUGGUUCGUUUAAUGAUCCAAGUCAAGCCUUGUAUGUAGAUUUGAUCCAGACCAUGGCAGAAAUAUCACGUUCUGAUCAUUUUAAUGCUGACAUCAGAUACAAGGCUGGAACUUACUUAGAAUCCCUCAAAAAAUUCCACACACUUAUAAUGGCAGAGCUGUACUUAUUUGUUUUCAAGAAUACCACUCCACUAUCCUUGUACCUGCAAACACAUGGUAUGGAUGUAUUGCAGGCAUACCGAAUGGUGACAGAAACAGUAAACAACUUGCAAGCACAUGAUCGUGAUUCACAAAUGAUUAUAGAUGCUGCAAAGAAGUUUGCAGUCUGGGCAAACAGCAAGUUGGAUACAACCAGCUGCAAAGUUUUGCUUGAGGAAGACUUUCCAUCACCUCGAAGAAUACAACGUAAGAAAAGAAUGGCUGGUGAGCUUGCAGUAGAUGAACCAAUUCUGUUAGCAAGUGACCAGUUCCGGGUGGAGGUGUACAAUGUGACCUUGGACAAGAUCAUUAAUAGUCUGCAUAGCCGAUUUACAACACAUGGUCAGUUAUUUGCAGAUUUGGCAUGUUUAGAUCCCCAAAAUUUUGAAGAUAUUUUACUAGACCUUCCCAGCAGUGCAUUAGAAAGACUGAGUAGCCUUGUUAUUAAAUUUGACUCCAAUGCAACGAAAGAGAAACUGCGAAGUGAGCUACUUGAUUUUGCAUCAAAGUGGCAAAGAUUGAAAAUGUCACUUGAUGAAGAAUAUAUUGAUGUGAACAAUGAAGGUCAAGAUGAAGACACCAUCCAUUCUCAUCUUAUCUCUGAAACUGAGGAACAGCCAUACUCCAAUGUUGGUGAUAAAAGUGGAAAGUGCAAAACUUGUAAGAGCUGUAUAGCCUGCUGCUACAAUGUAUUAUUGCGUUACAACUUUUACAGUCUAACGUAUAGUUCACUUUUUAAUGCAUACAAAUUGACACUGACACUUUCCUCUUCGCAAGUAGCAUGUGAGAGGUCUUUUUCAAAACUUAAAUACAUCUUGAACAGACUGAGAAAUUCCCUCUCUCAAACACAUUUGGAGGCCUUUAUGCUAAUGUCAGUGGAGAAAGAGGCCUUGAUUGGACUAAGCAACGAAACCAUCAUUGAUGUUUUGGCUUCAAAAAGCAGCUUGCUACAAGAGAUGUUGCUUACAUAA